AUGAAGCUUCAUUUGGCUUCGUAUCUGGUAUUUGCGCUCGCAACCUUUGAGGCGGUUGGAGCUUCCAGCUGGUUUAGCAAGGCUGUUUACAACAAAUGGCAUGAAACCGAAUUAGAAAGAUGGCUUUCUGAUCAUGACAUCCCGUACCCGUCGCCGGCCGAUCGCAAGGAUCUAGAGUCUCUUGUGAAGUCCAACUGGGAAGCUAAAGUCCAGAAGCCCUUGGCACAUGCUACACAGCACUCUCAUGAUCACUGGCAUGAUGCCAAGGAAUGGCUCUUUGACACGUGGACCGACUCCCAGUUGAAGUCGUUCCUUGACCGUCAUGGUAUUCCUGCUCCCCAGCCUCGCAAGCGUGAUACGCUUCUGAAAACUGCUCGCGAAAACUACGAGUCUAUUGCCAGGAAGCUUGGAGAGGCUGUCGCCUAUCCUGGUAACUGGGUAUAUGAGCAAUGGACCGAAUCUGAUCUUAAGGAAUGGCUUGAUGAGCGUGGCUGGCCGGUUCCACAGCCCACCACGCGCGACAGGCUUAUUGCAUCGGUCCGCCGUAACGCUCGACUGGCCAGUUUGAAUGCGAAGAGCAUCGCUGCCUCUGCCUCCGCGUCCGCGGAAGCUGCGCAGGCUACUCUGAGCGAUGCCCUGUUCAAGGCUUGGUCCGACUCCGAUCUGAAGAAGUUCCUCGAUGAGCACGGUGUCAAGGUACCCCAGGGUUCUAGACGCAAUGAACUCAUGGCUCUGGCGAGGAAGCACCGCGCCUCUCUUGUUAGCCAGGCUUCGGAGGCCUCUGCCACCAUCUCGUCCACCGCUACUCAGAUCAUCGGUGCUGCGACCUCCAAAGCUGGUAACGAAUACGAAAAGGCCACAGAUGUUGCUCAGGCCAAGUUCCAAGAUAGCUUCGAUACUGUCAUUGAAGGCUGGUCCGACUCGCGUUUGAAGGCUUUCCUCGAUGCGCGCGGAGUCCCUGUGCCUCAGAGCGGCAAGCGUGACGAGCUCCUUGCUAAGGUGAGGCUCCACAGCCACAAGGCAGCCACUGGCUGGUCUGCUUGGACCUUUGAUACCUGGGACACCGAACAUCUGAAGAAGUACCUGUCCUCCAUGAACGCCAAGGCAGCCCACCGCGCCGACAUCACUCGCGACGAGCUUGUCAAGCUAGCUCAGGAGAACUAUGCCAAGGCAUCCAAGGCCGGCGGUGCAAACUUCGCAUCGGCCACCUCCUACAUGGCGCAGGCCACCGAUGCAGCCAAGGGUUCCGCUUUCGACAGCUGGACUCAUUCAGAUCUCAAGGCUUACCUUGACUCGUACGGCAUCCCGGUCUACCAGGGCUCCGGAAUCAACGAACUUCGCGCCGCUGCUCGUCGCAAUGCCGAGUACUUCCGCUACGGUACUUCGUCCCCCUCGGGAACUAUCUUCGCUAAGAUGCAAGAGGCCGGCCAGUGGCUUCUAGACCAGUUGAAGAUUGGCGCGUCCAGUGGUCGUGCCCAGGGCCAGGAAGCCGCAGAGAAGGCCAAGGCUAAGGGUUCUGAGGCUGCUGAGAAAGCCAAGGCGCAGGGAUCCCAUGCUGCCUCGAGCAUGCGGGUCGAACUGUGA